AUGAGGAAUAUAAAUUAAUUUUAGGAAAAAGAAAAUUUUUAUUCUUCUAGAUCUUUAUAUAACUUUUUCAAGCCUCAGAUUAAUAAAAUUUUUGAUAUUAAACUUAGAGAACCACCAAUAUUAAAAAAUAAAUCAAAAAGCAAAACAAAAGUUUUUCAAAUGAGUGAUUAAGAUAAAAAGAAAAUAGAAUACUUAAUUUAAAUUGGUUUAUCAGAUAAUACGGAUGAAAUUUAGAAUCCAUAUUUCAAUUUUAUUUACAAUGUCGAAAUACCAGAUUAAAUAAUAAGAAAAUGGAGAAUAAGAAGAAUAUGUUUUGAGAAAGAUAAAUUCUUAAUUGAUGUUUUUCAAGGAUAAUACAUGAAAGAAUAUGGAUAAAAAAAUGCAAAUUUUGAAAGAUUUUUAUAUCCUUAAGUUAUUGGAACUCAAAAGUGAU